CUUGCCUGUCUGCUCAGUUCAUCCCUAGAAGCAGCUGCUUCAGGAACAAAGGCACCAUGCAGCCCCGGGUGCUCCUGGUUGCCGCCCUCCUGGCGCUCCUGGCCUCGGCCCGAGCUGAGGAGGCCGAGGAUUCCUCUCUUCUUGGCUUCAUGCAGGGCUACAUGCAGCAUGCCACCAAGACCGCCCAGGGUGCACUGACCAGCGUGCAGCAGGCCAGGGGCUGGGUGAGUGAUGGCUUCAGCUCUCUGAAAGACUACUGGAGCACCGUCAAGGGCAAGUUCUCGGAGUUCUGGGAUUCGACCUCUGAGGCCACACCGACUCCAGCUGAGAACCCCUGAGAUUCAACA